AUGUUCCUUGGCCUGCGAGCUACCACACCUAUUCGAUUCAGUCCAACAUUAAUUUUAGGGAAUAUAAAUGGACAUUUUCUUUUGUCCGAUGAUAGUAAAUUAAGUCAGUUAAAUGUGAUUGAAUGUCAUUUGAAUUCAGAAUUGAAGCAUGAUGAUAAUUCAUCUCGUGGUCUCGAAGCUUUCAGAGCCUUAAUAGAAUGCCUUUUGGCUUACUUACAUAGGCAUGAGCAUUUUCAAGUUAAUACUAUUCCAUCACUGCUACCUCCAUCUGAUAAGUGGAUCUCAAUGUUUGGAAGAGAUUUCUUUAAAAAUGUUAGUAAUCCCGAUAUUGUGGAUGGUUUCGGAGUACGUCAUGACAACAUUUUGUCAUCACCCUCACCUUCUAGUAGUGCUCGAAAUUUGUCGUCAUCACGACAAAAGAAUACUCCAAAAAUUGUUAGAGUUAACAAUUCUAGUUGGUCAUCUAAUAAAGUUCCUGCUCAAAGAGUGUAUAGUAUGAAAACAUAUAUCAAAGCAUUUCAUCAUCUCCCCAUUAAUUAUAGCAAUGAUAGGCUAGAUCCAUCAAAUUCCGGUUAG